AUGUCUAAUAAUGGAGUUGAAACAGAAGACAAACCGCCUGCUCCUCCGAUGAGAAAUACCAGCACUAUGAUUGGAUCGGGAAGCAAAGAUGCUGGCACUUUAAACCAUGGCUCAAAACCUUUGCCUCCCAACCCGGAAGAAAAGAAAAGGAAGGACCGAUUUUACCGAUCUAUUUUACCAGGAGAUAAAACCAAUAAAAAGAAAGAGAAAGAGCGGCCGGAGAUAUCCCUCCCUUCAGACUUUGAACACACGAUUCAUGUGGGAUUUGAUGCAGUCACGGGAGAAUUCACACUAACGAGGUGCAUCUCCCCACAGGGAAUGCCGGAGCAAUGGGCGCGUUUACUGCAGACUUCCAACAUCACCAAGUCAGAGCAGAAGAAGAACCCUCAGGCAGUGCUGGACGUGUUGGAGUUUUACAACUCCAAGAAGAUCUCCAACAGCCAGAAGUACAUGAGUUUCACAGAUAAAUCGACAGAGGAUUACAAUUCAUCAAAUACGUUGAAUGUGAAGGCUGUCUCUGAGACCCCUGCGGUGCCCUCAGUGUCUGAAGAUGAAGAUGAUGAAGAUGAUGCAGCUCCACCCCCCGUGAUAGCUCCACGACCUGAACACACAAAAUCUAUAUACACCCGCUCUGUGAUAGACCCUCUUCCUCCUCCUACCAGAGAUGUGGCCACCUCUCCUAUUUCUUCUCCCUCGGAAAACAGCAUGACGGCACCUGACAUGCUGGUCAGGAACACAGAGAAACAAAAGAAAAAGCCAAAAAUGUCAGAUGAAGAGAUCUUGGAAAAAUUAAGAAGUAUUGUGAGUGUGGGCGAUCCAAAAAAGAAGUACACGUGUUUUGAGAAGAUUGGACAAGGAGCCUCAGGUACAGUUUACACUGCAAUGGAUGUAGCUACAGGGCAGGAGGUUGCAAUCAAACAGAUGAAUUUGCAGCAGCAGCCCAAAAAAGAACUGAUUAUUAAUGAAAUCCUUGUCAUGAGGGAAAACAAAAACCCCAACAUUGUCAACUACUUGGACAGUUACCUUGUAGGAGAAGAGCUCUGGGUAGUCAUGGAAUACUUGGCAGGAGGCUCCCUAACAGAUGUUGUGACAGAGACCUGCAUGGAUGAAGGACAAAUCGCAGCUGUGUGCCGAGAGUGUCUCCAAGCUCUGGAAUUCCUCCAUUCAAACCAAGUUAUUCACAGAGACAUCAAGAGUGACAACAUCCUGCUGGGAAUGGAUGGCUCUGUUAAACUAACUGACUUCGGCUUCUGUGCCCAGAUCACUCCUGAGCAGAGCAAACGCAGCACCAUGGUGGGGACCCCAUACUGGAUGGCACCUGAAGUGGUGACAAGGAAAGCGUACGGGCCCAAAGUGGAUAUCUGGUCGCUGGGGAUAAUGGCCAUCGAGAUGAUCGAAGGAGAGCCCCCCUACCUCAAUGAGAACCCCCUGAGAGCCCUGUAUCUCAUUGCUACUAAUGGGACUCCAGAACUGCAGAAUCCGGAAAAGCUUUCACCCAUAUUCCGAGACUUCUUAAGUCACUGUCUUGAAAUGGACGUGGAAAAAAGGGGUUCUGCUAAAGAGCUGCUACAGCACCAGUUCCUGAAAAUUGCAAAGCCUCUAUCUAGUCUCACUCCUCUGAUUAUUGCAGCUAAAGAGGCAGCCAAGAACAACCAUUAA